CCGUGUUUGCAGAGGCCCUUGCGAGUUCACGACCUGUGCAUCGGAACAUACAUCUUACCUGAGAUGGCCAGCCAAUCUGUGGAGAUCGAUUCGCAGGAGGAUGGAGACACCUGCGAUUUCAGUCUGCUGGUUCAGCACAAGGACACGCUCGAAGACAUGCAGACGGUCGCGGCUGUAUGGACUAUGUGGUUCAACACGAACGGGAAGCCGAAAUACGCCGUGCCUUUGAUGGAGGACAUCGAACGCCUCACCAUCGAGAUUGCCGAGCUCCUGUCCAUGAUUGAUCCCGUGCUGGGAGGCGAUAGUCAGCCCGAGUGGGGCUGCGAACCAGCAGGAGUCAUCACUCGGGCGCGUGCUGCGCUCGAGAAGUACGAGGAGCUCAAGCCGCAUGCCAAGAACCUCUGUGAGCCGAGCAAGCCUCCACCGAAGCGCUCUGCUAGCGACCCCGAGCCACCGCCGCCAUCCAAGGCCAAGAAGAACGAGGACCAGAAGGGCCCAGCGGACGGGGAGGCCACAGAGAAUCCAGAGGAGAAAUGA